AAAUAUGCGGAGCAGCACGUCGAAAAUGGGCACAUGUCUGAUACCUGCGCUUUUCUAAUUGAAAUACUCCGCAGCUCACGGGCCCGAGGGUAGCACAUCAUGGCUCGUGCUCAAGCAGAAAGUGUUAUAAGACGUAUUAUUCGAGAAAUUGCGCAGGAAUGUGCAGGGAAAGGAGAGACGGUGUCUGAAACCCUAGUAGCUUUUAUGGUGAAGGCCACAGUUUUAGAUCCACGAAAUCAUUUUAAUGUUGAUCGCACCCUUACCAAACAAGAUGUGCAAGAACUUAUGAGGGUUUGCGUGGACAAACUCAUGGAGCAGGGAAGUCCUGCUCUCGACACAAUCAAAAUGCAAGUCUUCUUUGACAUGAAUUAUACAUCUCGCCGCGAGUAUCUGGAGGAACAUCACCGAGUGCUGCUGUCUCGCCUGGCCUCCCUGAGUCGCGAGAUCACCGACAGCCGCCUGAGGACCCGGGACGACCUGGAGGCGCUGUACCGCCGCAUCGUCACCUACGUGCUGCUGCGCUCCGGACUGGGCUCCGCCACCAACAUCAACACCGUCAGAGAGGUCACAGCUGCACUGCAGAGCAUCUUCCCGCAGUCGGAGCUGGCCACCUUCAUGACGCUGAGUAAAGCAGACAAGGAGCAGCACCUCAGCGAGCUCACCAUGAUCGUCACCGGCAUACGCCUCUUCAACAAGGACUGCCGCAAGGGAGGAGAAGAAAUCGACGACCUGCCAGGGAUCCUAAACGAGGCCAUACCUGCCAUGGUGGGAGACAUGGAGAAGGAGCUUCAGCAGACGCUCCGCUCGGCCUGGAAGUACACCAGCGUGCUGGAGAAGGCUGCGGACAGCAAGUUCGGCGCCACGCUGGGUAUGGACGUGGCCGCGCUGAUGAAGCAGGCACUAUACAACCUCAGGCAGCACGAGGCCCUGCUCAGAAUCAUCCUGGCGGAUGCCCUCCUGUGCGCCAAGCAAGUUGAGACGCUGCAGACGGACUUCACCAACCGCCUCGGCCUCCUGAAGACCACGGUGCACGCCAAGACGGCCGUCCCCACCCUGCAGGUUUUUCCCCUGUUCACGGCGCUGGCCAAGCUGUGGGUGGGCUUCCAGGACGAGAUGGUGCUGCUGAACGUCCUGAACAUGACCAUGCUGAGCCUGCGUCCGUUCCUGUCCGCCCAGGAGCACCUGCUCUCCCCAGAGCAGCUGGAUACACUGCUGGAGGGCACGCCCGUCAAGAGCGACGAGGAGCGGCUGAAGGAGAGCUCAGAAAACAAGAUAAAACCAACAGAGUACAAAAACCAGGAGUGGUUCCUGCCCGAGACCACAGCCAACUUUGACCAACUGCCCAUACAGUACAAGGGGGUCUGUGGCUACACGUUAAUUGAAAAAGAUGGACUACUGUUACCAGGGAACCCGCAGGUGGGGCUUCUGAAACACAAGGACAAAUACUACUCCUUCUCCUCCAAGGAGGCGGCGUGCGGCUUUGCCAACGAGCCCGAGCGGUUCGUGGAGGCCGUGAUGGAGAAGGCCAAGAGGUGCCCAGAGCUCAUCCAGCUGCUGGAGCUUCAUCAGCAGUUUGCAUGCAUCACGCCCUACUCACAGAUGCAGUCAGGCGAGCGGCUCCUGGUGAAGCCCAUCUCCAAGUGCGACAGCAGCACGCAGACAGACACACACCUGCUGGAGAGCAACAUCGUCAAGAGCUACGAGUGGAACGAGUGGGAGCUGCGCAGGAAAGCCAUACAGCUGGCUAACAUCCGCAGAACGGUGACCCACUCCAUGCAGACGGACCUGAGCCACAUGAGGCGCAGCAACGUCACUCAGACGUACCCGCCCAGAGACGCGGGCUGCCAGGCCAAGCGAGACGCCAAGUCCAACGUCCCCAAGCCCGCCGUCUUCCUAGCAGGACUACGUGGGCAAAAGCCAGGAGGACCCAAGACUUUAAAUCUGACCCCGUCAGUUUAUGAGUAGAUAAAAUCAAGGAGGGGGGCUGACGUUGUAUUUUUGUUCAUGUAGACUUUUACAUUUGUGUAUAUAUACACAAAAAUAAAGAGUGAUUGGGACACUAUGAA